AACGCGCAGACUUGCAUGGUACAAACACCAGAGAGCAAGCUGCAUGCUCCAGAGGCAACAACAGGAUCUGGAUAAAGGUGAUCAUAUUUAACUUUCACUUUAAAAUCUACUAAAGACUCGAACAAUGGAGGAUAAUUCAGAUUGUCAAAAGAUCAGUGCAGAAGGAGAAGAUGCUCAGGCAUCCCACUUACUGGAGAUCAUUAACAGGAAGGCCCUGGAAACGCUGGAGAGGACAGAGGAGGCGAGAGAUUCUUGGUCAGUGGAGAUGGGAGAUGACUCUGUGUUCUACAGCGACGAGGAGCAAGCUCGUCAGAGCGGAGAAGCUGCCGUGUUGUUUGGUUUUAGUGGCAACAAAUGCAGAAAUCUGGUCAACAGUGUGGCAGAUGAAGCAGACCAACAGAAUAACGCCUCAGGAGAUGAAGCCAUGGCUCACCAAGAAAAUUCAGAGAGGAGAUGGGAUGUCGAAUGGACGGAGGAGGAAAACAGACAUUUUCAGAAAGGAAAUUCUAAAAAAAUGCACAAAUCUGAAACUGAAAAGUUUACGAAAACUCGAGAGUUUCUGCCAUCAAGCUUAAUGGAUUUAGAUGAAUCGAUAAAUGAAUCAGCAGCAAAAGUAAGUUACAGGAAGGAGGAAACGAUGGAAGAAGCCAGAUCACACCUGGAUCCAGGUGUGAGGGGCAAAGAACAUCUGUGUGAUGCUAAACCCCAGAAAUCAGACAGUUGCUCUGAAGAAGACCUGGAGAUCUUGAAAGCUCCUCAAAACCCAAACCAAGAUCACUCAACCUCCUCUCAGCCCAAAGAAUCAGACAUCAUUUCCUUCAACCACCUGGAUUCUUCCAAAUACAGCACCGUGUCGUACCGCAAGAUCCAGAGAGGCAACACCCGGCAGAGGAUAGAGGAGUUCGAGUUCAUCCUAAAGAAUCAGUGAUGACCUACUUUUCAGACUACAGGUGAAACUCGAAAAGUUAGAAUAUGGUGCUAAAGUCCAUUUAUUCCAGUAAUUUAAUCUCAUAUAUUAGUUUCACUUUUUAAGAUAAAUUACUGACAUAAAUGAACGAUAUUAAAAAAUUUUGGAGUUUCACCAGUAUAGCCAAUAAUACCAUUAAUUUAUAUGUUUAGUUUAGUGGAACUUAUCAGCUUGUUUAAUUUGUCUUUAGCUUUUAUUAAAUCUACUUGUCACGUUUCUAAAAAAAUUUAAAUAAAAACUUUUAAUAAAUAAUUUAAAGAGAAUUCUGUGACACUGGAACAAUUUAAGCGGCUGUAAAAAAAACUUCAAAAAUAUUUAAAGGCGUAGAACACUUGUUCAAUCAAUACAUUUGCAGUGGUCUCUAGUAGGAGUGACUGCCUUGUAAGCUGUACUCGGGGGAGCAAAAAACACCUGUGCACCAUUUCCAGGACACCACCACAUCACAGCUGGGCUCAAUCCCAAAACUUGCGCUGCGCCCUACGGUCUUCAGCAAAGUGCACUUGGAGGAAGUGCGCAGUAAGGCCUUAAGUGUGCAAAUGAUUGCCGAAUUAGAACGUGAGCGUUGCAUCACUGACCGCAAUGCACACCGGUCACUAUUUGUGCAACUUUUCCAAGAAAACAACUUUCAAACAAUUUACAGAAUUUUCAUUAUUUGCUGUUCACAUUAAAUCUUAGUCUAAAACAUUCAGAGCAUGAAUAAACAUUAUUGUUUUCAAAAUAACUUCUGUUUGAAAAUACAUAUUUUCAGAAAAGGCACUUGAGCCUUCUUCUCAAAACUCCCACGCAACAAUGGAUUGUGGGUAAUACCAUUCGCCCAAGUCUGCAUCGAUGCAGACUUGGGCGAAGUGCGGAUCAAGGGUGCAAAAGAGGCGUGGCCAACUAUGCACUUGAGGUUUGGGACACCCUACUCACUUGCACCCCUGGACUGGAACUUGCAGUUGAAAGAAGCAAGGGUGGAAGAGCGAGUAUUGGGAUUGGGCCUCCGAUAGCAGGAUUGGGAGUCUUUUAUUUCCAGAUAUUUGGACAUCUCGCCUCUGAUUGGAUAAUAGCAACGUGACUCUACCGCUGAUUUGCAAUGUUGCUUUAUCUAAAAAAAAAAAACUCAAGCUUGGAUGAGCUACUGCUUUGUUAAGUUGCUAAUGCUAGCAGUUAGCUUCUACUAGCGUAGACACGAUCUGCGGUUUCCUGGACGUUAAACCAACAACAGCCUUCCUCAUCAUGAGUCAAGAUGGGUGAAUCCAGGAAUGUUAAGUGACAGUGUGACGUAGAUGGGUCAGGACUUUCAAAUCCUAAUUUUCUAUCAUAAACUAAUGGAGCAGACAGGUUUAGGAUACUAUUUUCAUGUUCAGCCUGCAUGAAAAACUCAAGAGUGAGAGAUUAUAAUCAGAAAUAAUCUUUUAAAAAGAUGGCUUUUCAGUGUUCUACACCUUUAAGAAACUACAACAUAAAUGUACCUUUGUCAGAGUACAAAAUUAAUUAAAUAAACAACAUGUAACCAA